AUGGUUGACCCAAUAUUCGAUUACCAAUUUAGGCUCAUCCUAAUUGGAGAUAGUACGGUGGGAAAAAGCUCGUUACUAAAAUAUUUUACCGAUGGAAAGUUCGCUGAGCUCUCCGACCCUACAGUGGGCGUCGAUUUCUUUGCUAGAAUAAUUGAAGUACAGGAUGGCACCAGAAUAAAACUUCAGCUUUGGGACACGGCGGGCCAAGAAAGAUUUAGAUCCAUAACGAAGUCUUAUUAUAGAAAUUCUGUGGGUGCUUUGUUGGUUUACGACGUAUGUAACAGAUCAAGUUUUGAACACAUACCCUUAUGGAUGAUGGAAGCGAAAAGACAUAUUGAGCCACAUAGGCCUGUUUUUGCUUUGGUUGGAUGCAAAAUAGAUUUAGUUGGCACAGACAAUAAAAGUGGGGCAAGAAGAGAAGUAUCAUGUGAGGAGGCAAGAAUGUUUGCCGAAGAAAAUGGCCUGCACCAUGUAGAAACAUCGGCCAAAACUGGAUUAAACGUAGAGGAGGCUUUUGUCCUUGUAGCUCAAGAAGUGUAUAACCGUAUUCAAACUGGGGAAUACAAGGUAGAGGAUGGCUGGGAUGGAAUAAAAACUGGAUUUAACAGACCAAAUGGCAUGGAUUUUAAUCUUCUCGAAGCUGAAACCGUUCAAUCAACCUGCUGU